AUGUCGCGGCUGGUGUUGGUGACAGGUGCUGCUCGUGGCUUGGGCGUGGGGAUCUCUCGCCAAGUCCUACACCAUGGUGGGGACGUGCUGGUUGCAGCGCGCAGCCUCAGCAAGGCGCAGGAGCUGGCGGAGCUCCUGGGACCAAGGGCGCAGGCCUUGGAGUGCAACGUCAGCGACGAGCAGUCGUGUCAGGCAGCGGCUCAGUUCGUGGCGAAGAUCCGAGAGGGACGUCCCCUCUCGGUGGUCCACAAUGCUGGUGUCGCCUUCGAUUUGCCUUGGUUUCCUGCUCCCUGGCCUGCCGAGGCAGCGCGCCAGACCUUGGAGGUGAACCUCUUCGGCGCCAUGCGGCUCACUGACGCGCUGUUGUCGGAGCUGCUGGAUGACAAGGCUCCGGGAAGGUUGGUCUUUGUGAGCAGCGGUGCGGGAGCUGCAAACUUGUCAAAGAUGUCAGAGGAGCGGCGACAAGAACUUCUGGAGUUUUCCGAGCUGUCGGCGAUGACGUCCUUCUGUCAUGAGUUCAUGGCCGCUUACGAGGCCGCAGCCCAAGAACAGGCAGAAAAGCCACUGCC